AAAGAUAAAUGAAACCAUUAUGGAAAAAAAGAAAAGGAAUAUAAAUGUAGAAUAGAUUCUGGCACUUCCUUCAUCCUUAAUGUCUCACAAAACAAUUUAUCACCUCUCUUCUCAGUUGAGAAACUGUGUUCUUCAAUAUGCAAUUUGUCCAGCCAAGCAAACGCACGCUCAAAUCCUUGUAAAUAACUACCUUGCCAACGUCACUCUCCAAACUGAUCUCCUGUUGGCUUACUCAAAAUUUGUCCUUCUCCAAGAUGCUCGCAAAGUAUUCGAUAGAAUGUUCGAGAAGAACAUGCAUUCAUGGAACAUUAUGAUCUUCUCUUACGUUCAGAAUUCUCUUUUUUCAGAUGCUAUUUGUGUUUUUGAUAAGUUUCUAAAGAUGGGUUUUCGACCGGACCACUAUACCUUGCCUCCGUUGUUUAAGGCAUCUGUAGGGAUGGGAGAUUGUUAUCUCGGGUGGAUGCUUCAUGGUUGGGUGAUUAGACUUGGUUUUGAAGGAUAUGUUGUUGUGGGUAGCUCUGUUUUGGACUUUUAUGUGAAACAUGGGGCAUUGGUUGACGCAAAGAGAGUUUUCUCUAACAUGUUGUGGAAGGAUUCUGGUGUUUGGAAUUUGAUGAUUUCGGGGUUUGGGAAGAAUGGUUUCUAUGCAGAGGCUUUGAAUUUGUUUAGAGAUAUGAUUGCACAAGGGGUAAAGGUUGAUGUUUUGACUAUUCCUAGUAUUUUGAAUGCUUGUGGAGGGGGAGGUGACUUGAUGAAAGUGAAGGAAAUUCAUGGUCAAGUGGUAAAGAGUAUCUUAUUUAAUGAAGAUGUCGCAAUCGGGAAUUCGUUGAUCGAUUUGUAUGCAAAAUGUGGGUGCUUGGGUGAUUCAGAGAAGGUUUUCCAGAAUAUGCAUAAUCUGAAUGUGGUGACAUGGACUACAAUGAUAUCUAGUUAUGGAGUUCAUGGAAAAGGAGAAAAGUCAUUGGAUCUUUUUAAAAAAAUGAAAGAUUUUGGAUUUAAACCUAACCCUGUCACCCUAACUGCUGUUUUGGCUAGUUGCAGUCACUCAGGUCUAAUAGAUCAAGGUCGGGUAAUUUUCUAUUCCAUAUGGUCGGAUUAUGGUUUUGAACCUUGCGUAGAGCAUUGUGCUUGUAUGGUGGAUCUAUUGAGUCGUUGCGGACAUCUUGAGGAAGCACUUGGAUUGGCACAGAAUAUGAAGUUAGCAGCAACUGCAAGUAUCUGGGGUGCUUUGCUAGCUGGUUGUCUGAUGCACAAGAAUGUCAAGAUUGGAGAAAUAGCAGCUCACCAUCUCUACAAAUUGGAACCAAGAAACCCUAGCAAUUAUGUAGCCUUAAGUUGUAUUUAUGAAUCUCAGAAUAUUUGGGAUGGUUUAACAAGAACCAGAACAAAUAUGAGAGAACUAGGUUUGGUGAAGACUCCUGGUUGUAGCUGGAUAACCAUUGCAGGAAUGAUACACAAAUUCUACCAAGGGGAUUAUUCUCAUCCAUCUACAAAGGUGAUGUGUGAAACAUUGGAUGACAUGAUCAAGGUGCUCACAUCGCCCAAUGUUUUUGAACAGGAACAGUAAUUACUUUGUGCUCAGGAUAGUGCUGAGUGGAGUGAGAAGAGGAUGCUGCCAAAUCGGAAUCCUGGGAAUGUUCAUGUGAAGACUUGAUGUGUGAACCUGCACUUAUUUUUUCAUUUUUCUU